AUGCCUAUUUUCCAGUCGAAACCGUUCCGGGGCACCCGCGCCCAGGCACAGGACCUCUGGGAACGAGUAGCCGUGCUUUAUCGUCAGAAAAUCGCAAAGAAUCCUUUCCUCUUCUUCGGACUGCCCUUCAUGACUCUUAUAGUUGGGGCAUCCUUCUUGCUCACUCCAGCCGCUGCCUUAAGGUACGAGAAGCACGACCGCAAGCAUCGACAGUUGACGGAUCAAGAAAAAAUGGAACUUGGAUUAAAAGGUGGGAUUAUGGGUGAAGGGAAUCUCACAUACAAUCCUCGGCGCAGGAAAGUUCUGAAGGGAGAGCUGAGCGAGCGAGACGAAUACUACAAGCUCAUGGCUAAGGACUUGGACAACUGGGAGCAAAAGCGAGUGGAGCGGUGGAAGGGUGAGCCUGAUGGCAGGCUAUAA